AUGGGGGAGAGAGCUGAGCUGGGUAUGGGGGAGAGCGCUGGGCUGGGUAUGGGGGAGAGCGCUGGGCUGGGUAUGGGGGAGAGCGCUGAGCUGGGUAUGGGGGAGAGCGCUGGGCUGGGUAUGGGGGAGAGCGCUGGGCUGGGUAUGGGGGAGAGCGCUGAGCUGGGUAUGGGGGAGAGAGCUGGGUUGGGGAUGGGGAGAGCGCGGGCUGGGUAUGGGGGAGAGAGCUGGGCUGGGUAUGGGGGAGAGCGCUGGGUAUGGGGGAGAGAGCUGAGCUGGGUAUGGGGGAGAGAGCUGGGUUGGGGAUGGGGAGAGCGCUGGGCUGGGUAUGGAGGAGAGAGCUGGGCUGGGUAUGGGGGGAGAGAGCUGGGCUGGGUAUGGGGGAGAGAGCUGGGCUGGAGAUGGGGGAGAGGGCUGGGCUGGGUAUGGGGGAGAGAGCUGGGCUGGAGAUGGGGGAGAGGGCUGGGCUGGGUAUGGGGGAGAGAGCUGGGUAUGGGGAGAGCUGGGGAUGGGAGGGGCUGGCUGGGUAUGGGGAGGGGAGCUGGGCUGGGUGGGGAGAGAGCUGGGCUGGAUGGGGAAGAGCUGGGGGGAGACUGGGGAUGGGGAGAGAGCUGGGGAGGGAGAGAGCUGGGGUGGGGGAGAGAGCUGGUGGGUAUGGGGGAGAGAGCUGGGAUGGGGAGAGAGUGGCUGGGGAUGGAGGAGAGAGCUGGGUGGGAUGGGGGAGAGAGCUGGGAUGGGGAGAGAGCUGGGGAUGGGGAGAGAGCUGGCUGGGUAUGGGGAGAGAGCUGGGCUGGGGUAUGGGGAGAGAGCUGGGUGGGGGGAGACUGAGCUGGGAUGGGGAGAGGCUGGCGGGGAUGGGGAGAGAGCUGGGCUGGAUGGGGAGAGAGCUGGGCUGGGAUGGGGGAGAGCUGCUGGGUAUGGGGAGAGAGCUGGCUGGGUAUGGGGGAGAGAGCUGGGUUAUGGAGGAGAGAGCUGGGGAUGGGGGAGAGAGCUGGGGAUGGGGGAGGGAGCUGGGCUGGGUAUGGGGGAGAGAGCUGGGCUGGGUAUGGGGGAGAGAGCUGGGGAUGGAGGAGAGAGCUGGGGAUGGGGGAGAGAGCUGGGUAUGGGGGAGAGAGCUGGGGAUGGGGGAGAGAGCUGGGUAUGGGGGAGAGAGCUGGCUCAUCGCUCUGCUCUGGUCAUGUGCUCCCUUGUUAUUGCUUCAGCAGUUGCUCUCCAUCAGAAAAUAUUAUGUCUGUUGAGUAGCUGUUGUGUGGGUUUGCUUUCCUUGCAUCUUGUAGCUGACUAAAAAUAGCUCUAAAAUCUAGUUGUUCAAGCGAUAUUGGCCUGAUUUUAAAUAUAUGACCUCUCAGAAUAAGACGCUUAUCUGAUCUGAUGUGUGCAUGUGUGUGUGAUGCCGUAUUCAUAUGGGAUGUGUGUUUAUGUGUGUGUGUAUUAGUACAUGUCUAUGUGUGUUUGUGUCUUUUAGCCACACAGAGGAAACCUGGGACACGCUAUGUGCCCCAUAGAGAGAAAGAGACAGAGAGAUCCAGUCUGGCUGGCUGACUAACUGUGUGUCUCACACCUCAGCUGUGUCAGCCCCACAAGGUCAGCCUGGGAGACACUCAUACUGGUUGGAGGCCAGGGGGUCAAAGUUCACACUACAGGAAACACUAACAGGGUCAUUAUGGGGUCAGACAGAUCUGUCAGCUUUAAUCUCUGAAACUCUUUAUUUAUCCAGAUGGAAUAGGUGUAAAUGGUGUGGCGGCAAGCAGGUGGAAGCAGGUGCUAACAGCUUCUCAGUCAGCUGAGAGCCUUGUAGAGGAGUCAGGCAGCGCAGACAGACAGGAGGAGGCAACGUGUUGGAAUGUCCUCUCCGUAAAGCUGACAUUACUCUACCAGUGGGUCAGUGGACAUCAAGUAGCUCAGUGUAUUAGUGCCUCAGAGAGACAGAUAACUGACUGGCUUGAUUCAAUACUCCAACACAGUCUACUGAUACAGAUACAGCAUUACACACACACACACACACACACACACACACAGACACAGACACAGACACACACACACACACACUGUACACACACAGAGAAGCAAACCCCCCAGAGAGAGAGAAAGGGGGGAGACAAGGCCACAGACUCUGAUAAAGAGAGCGAGCGCCCAGAGACCGCUGCUGUAUUUAAACUGCAUUACCACCACUGUAUCACUAAUUAAACCUAUGUUUUAAUUAGGAUUUGGACAGCCAGGAAAAGAGGAGGGAUAAUAAAAUGCAUUAAUCCAACAGAAUUCUGGAAAUGUACUUCAGGUUCCAUCUGUCCCUUUGUCACCCCCUGGAAGGUUACACAGGACCUUCUAUGUAUGAUGUUGUUUAUUAACUGUUUAUUGACUCUUUAUAAACCAUUUGUGUGUGUUAUUGUAUUUGUGGGUGCAUGUUGAGUAGCAGUGUCCUGUGGUCCGUCAGUGUAGUGAUGCUCUUCUCUCUAACACAGUUAGACAGCAAUGAUUAGCCUACUGUUUUAUGACUGUUUAGUGUUACAGCCAAAGUCACACCUCAUCCCCCUGACCACGUUUCUCCCUCUCUCUCUAUUGGCAGUGUAAAGGAACUUACAUUUACAUUGCCAAAACAAAUUCUAACAAUUUAUCUCUCAUCUUCUUCUUCCUCUCUCUCCCCCCCCCCCCCCCCCCCCCCUCUCUCUCUCUCUCUCUCUCUCUCUCUCUCUCUUUUAGCGGCAGAUGGAGUGCCAGUAAAGGAUGGGGAACAGGUAAGCCUGACAUUCAGGACUUUAACUAUCACUCUUUAUUCACACAGCUCAGCCACCCUGUGACUCCCAAUGGCUCCAGCAGUGGGGUGCUCACUAUUCCACGAAUGGGGAUCUUGAUCCAAGAUGGUGACCAACGACUAAAUUAGCUCUCUACUACUGAAGCCAUGAGUGCUACUGCGUCUGCUUGUAGAGUAACUAGCUAGCGCACAUGUUGCUGUUGGUUUGAUAACUUCCACUACACUCAAAAUGGCGGCUGUAGCUGGAAGGAGGACCAACCUAUGUGGUUGGCUCGUUGCUGUUGCUAUGACGUCUGCUGCUUCUCUGUCACGGCUCAGUGCUGGCUCACUGUAGAGCAGUAGGAGCAUCACCCACCUCUACUCCUCUCACUCCAUCCCUCACUCCUCUCCUCUCAGAUCCUUUCCACUCCACUUCUCCUUUCAAGUCCUCUCUUCUCUCCUCUCCUUCCUUUGAGAUACUGUUUCUAAAAUGAUCUUCAGCACUUCUUGGAUGAUUUUGUGGCAGGAGAAAGAGAACCAUUUAAAUUUAAACCUUAGAAAAAAACUAUUUAUUUAUCUUCCCACCGAAUGUACUGUACUGUGGAUCGAUUAUGAAUUUCUCCUGACAAACUUGCCCUUCAAAAAUGUAAUAAAAGAGAAGAGAGAAAGAGAGAGAGAGGAGAGAGACAGAGAGAGACAGACAGAGACAGAAAGAGAAGAGAGAGAGAGAGGAGAGAGACAGAGAGAGACAGACAGAGACAGAAAGAGAAGAGAGAGAGAGAGAGAGAGAGAGGAGAGAGACAGACAGAGACAGACAGAGAAGAGAGAGAGAGCGAGGAGAGAGACAGACAGAGACAGACAGAGAAGAGAGAGAGAGAGAGGAGAGAGACAGAGACAGACAGACAGAGACAGACAGAGAAGAGAGAGAGGAGAGAGACAGACAGACAGAGACAGAAAGAGAAGAGAGAGAGAGAGAGAGAGAGAGAGGAGAGAGACAGAGAGAGACAGACAGAGACAGAAAGAGAAGAGAGAGAGAGAGGAGAGAGACAGAGAGAGACAGACAGACAGAAAGAGAAGAGAGAGAUAGAGGAGAGAGACAGACAGAUAGACAGACAGAGACAGACAGAGACAGAGCGUAGCAGAUAGAGAGAACAUGAGAGCUAGGUUUUCUGGAGACUGAACACAUCUCUAAGGAGACAUGGCACCCGUAGCGUCCUGCUGGUUCUAAGGCCCCGGCUAUGGUAUUGUCAGGGACAAUCCAGCUGAUACAAGACUCAGAGGUGGUGUGACAGACGCUGGUGCUUAUCUAGACUGUCACCAUCCCCCUUCUGAUAGCCUCCUCCUCAGCCCUCUGUCUGUCUGUCUGUCUGUCUGUCUGUCUGUCUGUCUGCAGACACAGAUCUCACCAGAGAGGACACUGACACCGCUACCAUCAGCCAGCUUACAUCAGUCACAACACACACACAUACACACUCACACACGCAUGCAUGACGCACGUACACACGCACACACACACGCACGUACACACACACACCCACUGAUUGCAUGCACGCACUCACACACACACACACACAUAAAAACGUGUGCACGCAUUCACACAUACACACACACAUGCGCGACUACACGCUUGCACACAGACACUUCUGUAUCAGCCCCUCCCAACUGGCUUGGAUAGUGUUCAGUGUUUGGUGUGGCAGACGUAACCAGAGGAGGAAAUGAGAGGAGAGAGAGAAUCAUUGUCAUAACAUAUUCACUCUGCUAUACUAUGGAACUGAUCUGCCUUUUAACCCCUCCCUUCUCUCUGUCGCUCUGGGCUUUGUCUCCUCUCCUCCUCUUUCUGGUCUUUGCCUCCUCUCCUCUCUUUCUGGUCUUUGACUCCUCUCCUCCUCUCUUUCUGGUCUUUGACUCCUCUCCUCCUCUCAUUCUGGUCUUUGACUCCUCUCCUCCUCUCUUUCUGGUCUUUGACUCCUCUCCUCCUCUCAUUCUGGUCUUUGACUCCUCUCCUCCUCUCUUUCUGGUCUUUGACUCCUCUCCUCCUCUCUUUCUGGUCUGACUCCUCCUCCUCUCUUUCUGGUCUUUGACUCUUCUCCUCCUCUAUCUUUCUGGUCUAUGACUCUUCUCCUCCUCUAUCUUUCUGGUCUUUGACUCUUCUCCUCCUCUAUCUUUCUGGGCUUUGACUCUUCUCCUCCUCUAUCUUUCUGGUCUUUGACUCUUCUCCUCCUCUAUCUUUCUGGUCUAUGACUCUUCUCCUCCUCUAUCUUUCUGGUCUUUGACUCUUCUCCUCUAUCUUUCUGGUCUUUGACUCUUCUCCUUCUCUAUCUUUCUGGUCUAUGACUCUUCUCCUCCUCUAUCUUUCUGGGAAAACCCAAUAUUUGUCUCUCCGCCUUCUUCUUCCUCUUUCCCUCUCCUAUCCUUCUUUCCAAUUCUGCAUGUUGGUUCUACUACUCUACCCCUGUCACUAUCACUUCUCUCCUCCUCCUCUUUGUCUCCUCCCAUUUCCUCCAUGCACGUGGACGUCUUUCUCUCCUUCUCUCUUGUUCCUCCUCGCUUAUUCUUCCCUGCUCCUUCUUUCCCCAUCCCUCUCUCCUCCUAUUUUUCUCCUUCAGCAUGGAUGUUCAGAAUUUUCAUGGGAAGGAAUCAAUGUAAGUGUUGUGACAUCAUUCCUUCAUCUACCUUUAUUUCUCUAUCUAUUUGUUUUGAUUUAUUUGAUUUAACUCACCUUAGGUAACCUACUACUUCGUCCCCUCACUCCCCCUCCCAUCUAACUCUCUCUAUACCGUAUCGUUAACUCUCUCUCAAUGUAGUAGAGCACUGUGCACUGUAGUGACCACAACAAACAAUCAACCAGUGUGAAUGUGCACUAUGUUCUUAAUGAUUGCAGAUAAAAAACAACACUUCCCAUAAUGCACGUCAGCACUGUCAAGCAGGAAGUUGUUCCAACAACGACCAUGGGAAAUGUCAAUUUUUUGUCAAAUGAUGACAUUGUUGCUUUUUGACGCUGUAUUAACCCAAUAUCUACCUAACUUCUCCUCUCACCUCACUCUGAACUCUGUGUGCUUCUCUGGCAAACAUCUCUUCCUCCAUCUCUCUAUCAUCCUCUUCCCUCGUUCCUCUAGCUGUCUAUGGAAGACACCACGUCCAUCCUGCCUCGUCUGAAGAGGAACAAUUCCAAUAACUACGGGAUCGGUGCUCUAGCUAAGUCCUCACUGACAGGUGUGUCAGGUGUGUGUCUGUCCUGUAACUGGUAAACUGACCCCAUGUUGGCUCCCGCUUGGACAGGCGCUGGAGCCAACAUGGCCCCAGAGUGGGUUCCCCUGAUUCACUUCCUCUCUCCAUAAUGAUAAUCCUCGUCAAUGGCUGACCCCCAAGUCAUUGAUGGAAUAACACUUAAACCUAACGACAACCCUAUAGAAAAAAUACACUACCCACAAUACAUUGUUAUGUGGCUUGUUGAGUUAACAAGAGGUGAAUGGGAGGUGUAGUUGUUUGUCUGUUAUGUGGUUGUGAAGCAGCGUUGAACUACUCUAGUGUCUGUGUAAUGUGUCUACUGUCUCUGAGUGUAGUCUGAGUUUGUGUCUGUGUGUGACAGUGUGUAUAACUGUGUAAUGUGCAUUGUGCACUGCGCAGUGCAGUGCAGUUAGUAGUUUUGUACAGUUGUAAUGUGCAGUAAAGUGUAUUGGAAUGUAGUGAACUGCUAACUCAUCAAAUAUUGACUUGGACACAUGAAUUACUGAGCAAAGCCAUAAUGUAAACAGCAGACAGAAUACAGACCGUCAUGGCGGAACAUGAUUUCUAAAGUACAGUGUCUUCCGCAGUGUGCUAUAUGCAUCAGCUGAGGAUGGCUUAACAGACACUGCAGGGGGAGUGGGGUUUUUGCUUAUCCAGCGCAGGCAGCUUAGCAGAGGUGUAAAAGCUAUCAUAUCAACAAGCCAACCUCUCAUUACUCACUGCCCUCUGGCCAUCUCACCCCAAUUAACCCAUGAUGCACCUCUCCCAGAGCAGACAUAUCCGUUUCCUCCUCCCUGUCCUCCAUCAUCCGCCUCGGUUCCACGCGUCAUCUCAUCUACCUUACCAGCGUCACCUCCCUAUUCAGUUAGCCAUGAAUCUAAAGCAUGUUCAUUAAGCUGUUCGUUUAACUGCUCAUCCAGAGGCCCUUAUCAGCACCACCCUAAAUAGUGACAGGAUAAGACAGGCCUAAGUGUGGAAUAAUAACAUAUCUAAUCUCUUUCCUUCCCCCUCUCUCUCCAACCUGAUGCCUGUCUCCUAACUCCCCCAAACUCCACAUUCACCCCUUCUCUAAAUCCCUUAAUAUUCCUCCAACCCUCCCUUAAUCCACUUUCACCCUUCUAACCCUCCCCAAUACCCACAUCAAUCCCUACAUCCCUCUUCAUUUCUCUCCCCCCCCCCCCCCCCCCCCCAGGUGUGAAUCGCUCCAUGAAGGACAAGGUGACCAAGCCUACGUCCAUGGCCCAGGGCCGGAUGGCACACAUGAUCGAGUGGCAGAACUGGGACAUGUCUGUGGUGGGCCCGGGGGGCGUCUCCGUCCCACGCAAGUCCACGGCAGAGCAGGAGAUGGAGAGACGGUUGGAGAGCGACGCCUACAGCGACCUCAGCGACGGGGAGAAGGAGGCUCGCUUCGCCGCAGGUCAGAGGGGGGAGGGGAAUUUGUCACUGUGAGAGGUGACAGGAGCAAUAGGAGUGGUUGAUGCUGAUUUAUACAACCAGGGGUUUUUUCAGAGGAAACUCUCACAAAAUUAAGCCUUUGGGCAAAAGGGUUCUCAUGUGUUGAACCCUACAUCAUAACCAGACUGUUUAUAGGUCAGCUAAUUGGCAUGGCAUAACACCAGCCAAAUUGGUCAACAUUGGCCUAGGCAUAGCAGAACCAUAGAUAUUAAAUAGGCUGGAUAUUACAUCUUUCUAUAAAUAGCCAUAGGAAAGCACCAGCCAACUGAGCCGUUACAAUGACUGUGACUUACCCUCUGAACUCCAGGUAUCCUGCAGCAGUUUGCCAUCUCCCAGGCAACGCUCAUGGCCUGGACCUCCAUGGAUGGAGAGAGCCUGAGGUCAGGGUCCAACCAGGGCAGUGUGGCCCACCUUAGCGAAGUCAACCAGGAGAGCAUCACCAGCCGAGGUAAGGGACUACAAAUAUGGCCUCUAAACCAGCAUGUAUCAGCCGAGAUAAGGGACUACAAAUAUGGCCUUUAAACCAGCAUGUAUCAGCCGAGAUAAGAGACUACAAAUAUGACCUCUAAACAAGCAUGUAUCUGCCGAGGUAAGGGACUACAAAUAUGACCUCUAAAUGAGCAUUAGUCAGUCGAGGUAAGGGACUACCUUGACAAACUACAGUAGCACCAAUCAACUAGGGCAAAAAAGUUUAAGGGAUAGUUUAAGGAGCUAAAUAGGAUCCUGCACUGUGGAACCUUGUCUAAAAUUUGCAGCCAAACACGUUUUUGCAUAGGCUUGAGAUCAGGCAAAGCUGGAGUGUAGUGUGUGGGCUGUAAUAUGCGUCAUUUUGCUCAGUAACAAAGGCAUCUUAUUCCAUCUCAGCCUGGAGGGUUAACUCUGUACUCAUUUCAGGUUCGCAAACACAGCCUGGGGGAAUGCAAGACCAGGGAUUUCAAAUGUAUAAAUAGUACACUUGGCCAUUAUUAUUCCACAUCACUGUGUUGUCCGUUACAGUGCUCCUGUAUUUCUCCUUCUCAUGCAAAGAGGCGUUCAGACAUGGAGACGUGUUGAAAUCAUAAUGUGGUUUUCUCCCUGUGGUUUGUUAUUGUGAGAUAACAAAUGGCCUCAAGACUGUGUGAUGAUCAUUAGUUUAAUCACAACUUCAGUUAUUUAAUGUCAUUAUAUUGCCUGAAGUCAUAUAACCGUAGAAUGUUAGUGUCAAACGAUUUGGAUGUCGCUGGAUGUAUUUUUACACAGUUUUGAGUCAUCAUUAAAGUGAUGUAAUGUAAGGUUGCCGGCAUGAUGCUCGCUGACUCUUUGCACCAACAUAUCAACUCAGCACACCUUGAAGCGCUUUUGGCAGAUCAUAUAUACACCAUUCAGCUAUCUGAAACUUGUUAGGACAAUGUCCCAAAGACGUGUCUACGAAUAAGUGUGAUUUACCUAAUUAUUUUGUGUUUGACAGCCUUUUUAUAUAUAACGGCGAGCCAUAGCAUUGGCAACACACAAACUGAUAUAUUCCCCCAUUUAUUUUCCUCCUUCGCACAAAAUGGCCGCAAUACCUCAAAAGUUUUAAUGUUGUUAUCAGUCAGUGGGGGAUAUUAGUCGCCUUGUUCAUCCGUAAAAAAAAACAGAUUGGAAUUUGAGAUGGCAAAAACUACCACGACUCACCCUUAUUCAUAUCAGCCAUGUUAUUGGCUGAAUGAUAUGUCAUUUUAAUGCAGGGCAGACAGACUCCCCAAUGGCUAUACAGUCAUAAUGCUGAUAUAUUAGCCUACUCGGUGUAGCUACACUUGGGGUCUGUCUGGGGAUUGUUCAAGUAAAGUCAUUAGCUCAAGGAUACAUUUGGGUCUGAGAGGGUUGGAGUGUCCCUCAGGGAUAUCACAUGAUUCCUCUCGAGGGUUUCCUCUUUCUGAAAAAAGGCUGAUGUCAGAAUUGUAAAUUCUUUAGCAGUUUGAUGUGAGGUCCAAUGUAGGUCCCAUGAGGUCCAAUGUAGUGCAUCCGUCAAGGACAACCAACCGCUUAUCCCACCUCUUCACUCUUCUAUUUUCUCAUUCUUUUCAUCCUCUCAGACCAGAUAUUGCACCACUCCUCUGCAGACAUGUGGCCCAACACCUAUGUCGCCCAGGGUCUCUACUGCCUCUCCUCCUCCGACGCCUGGGAGCCAAUCAGCAACGAGCCCUCCGGAGUGGCCUCUCCUGCUGCUGGCUCCUAUGUGAUGCAGCAGGGCGGGACUUCCUGUGAUGGGUAUGAUGGGAACGCGUUGCUGCAGCAGCAACAGCAGCAGCAGUUCAACCUACAGCAGCAGAGUCAGCUCCAGCAGCUGCAGCAGCUGCAACAGAUACAGCACUACCAGCAACAGCAGCUCCUGUAUCAGCAACAACAGGUGAGGAAAAACAACAGUCUAAUAUGAGAGGAAAGCAAUAACAAUCCAUUUCCAUAGAUAGGCAAUAUUCAUUCAUGGCGUAGUCAGGCGUCUGACAUUUAGAUUUUUAAUGGGGUUUUCUCCUUUUUCUCUGGGGUAUUUUGAUCGAGACAAGAAUACUGAAUUCGGCCUUUGAUAUGGUAAUGUCGUCAGAGAUUCAGCACUACAUUAUUGUAUCUCUCUUCUUAGUACAACACAAUUACCCUGUCCCUUUCAAUCCAACAUUAUGCUUAAAGGAAGAAACAUCCCUUAACCACAGAUUUAGGAUCAUAUUUCCAGAGUCUUUACCAUUAGGGGGGAUAAACAAAUAUCUGAUCCUGUAUCAGUGGUUAGAGGGAACCUCUAUCUACAUACGGCUCCUCAUUGUCUCGUCCUUCUCUCCACAGUCUCUGGAGCAAAGGCUGCACAGCGCCAACCACUCGUUGCAAGCCACACCCAACAGCACCAUCCACAGCCUGGCCCCUGCCACCCACGCCCCAUUGGUGGACCUGUGGGGGGCGGGGCAGACGGAGUCCUAUCACGCGGAUAUUGGAGGGUACAACAUAGGCGUGGCAGCGGUGGUGGAGGCGGCUCUGAGUGUUCCGUCUGGGGACGAGGGGGCGGGGACAGAACACUCCCCUCUGCUGGAGCAGCAGGAGGAGGAGGAGCUGAAGGUGAGGUCAUAUCAGGUCACAGGGUCAUCAGGGCCUAGUUUUUCAAAAAUUAUCUGGAAUUUGCCUAUCGGAUAGGAUUGAUUAAAUGCAUAGAAAUAAAAUGAAUAGAAUGGGAGUCCCCAUUCAAGACAAUGAUUCGUCCAUUCUAUUAAUUAUAUUUCUAUGCAUUUAAUCCUAUCCGAUAGGCGGAAUCCAGAUAGAUGAUUUUUUGAAAAACUGGGCCCUGAGUUCAUAUCAGUGCAGAGAGGUACAUCCUUGACGCUUUAAUAAAUGACAGGGAGACAUUUCUAUCUGAACUCAUGAAUAAACCCAUGCUUUCUCCUCUCUGUGGUUAGAGAAUCAUGCAGUAUCUGUUAUAUUCUUAACAUUUCUAUCUGAAUGUUCUGUAUGUGUCACCCCCUGACCAAGCCCCCUGCUCUGUCCCCUGAACAGGACGAGGAGGUGACACUGUGCAUGGAGCCGGAGUCUGCCACUCUAACCCAGCCCACACAGCGAGACGAAGCCAUCGCCUCCGGGGGCAGUAGUCCGGGUCAACGUAGUCCGGGGCGCAGUAGUCCAGGGCGCAGUAGUCCGGGGCAACCACCAGCACAACAAAUCACAGAGCGGAAGGCCUCUGAUGUCAGCUGUGGAGGCAUCCAGAUGCUGGAGGAGAAGGAUGAGAAGCAGGGGUCUGCUGUUGCUGCCAUGGCAACCAACUGAUUGACAGAUCGUCCUGAGAGACGUGACAGGCGUCAGGAAUGACUGAUCCUAAUAAUGAAAUAUUUAUCAAUAAAUCUGUUCCUUUUCAGGUAUCAAACACAUUUUUGAUGGGAUAUAAACUCUUGUGACCACUGAAGAGGAGGAAUAUUUGGAAACUGACUUAUACAGUGACAACAGCUGGUCCAACGGAUAACCUUUUUUUUGGAAGCCUUACAUCCCCGAGAGAAGGAGGAGGGAGGAGU